AUGUCCGGGCACGGCCGCUCGGUGUUUGUGAACUCGUGCAUCAAGAAGCCUCUCAGCCCUUCGAGCAAGCGACCUAAUCCGUCCUUCCUGGUGCCGCAGUGUAGUCUCGAUCGGGGUCUUCAGGACCCACGCGCCCAAGACGCCAUGGGCACGAUUACGCGGAAGAAGGCAACAUCCAAGUGUCCACUGGCUCGGAAUGGAAACUAUCGUCGCACACGCUGUUGCUCCUUGACGCACCAGCUGCGCAAGGAAACGGACAACUUCCAAACGAUGGUACAGUUCUACGACAGCAUUCCGGAUUACAAUGAUUUGCUGCAUCUACCGCGCGAGGAGUUCUACUGCCGAUUGAACACGCUCAAGAAGAAACAACGAGAGCUGAAGUCGAUCUGCUGCACGACCAAAAUGGAUGUUAAGAAUAGUUUUCGCACCCACCAUGACACCAACAAACGAAGUGAGUCAGAGGAACUGGAGAAUUACUGUUACAAUGGUCCUGCUGCGAAUCCAACGGCCGGUACCCAGCACAAUGCUGAAGAUGAUGGCGGCGUUGGGACAAGGGAGAAGGAACGCAGCGACCAGAGCACCGACGAUGGAGAUUCCUUGCACUCAUGGAGCAAGUCGCCUCCCACGGUAGUCGAUAUGGCCGAAGCUGGCAGCAAACCCUCCGGUGUGCCUCGGAAGGGAUCCGGCAAGUCUGUGCGUAUCGACAGCAACAAGGAGGACAACCUAAGCAAUGGAUUGGGAGAGAGUAGCAGACGGUACCGUUCUGGGACGCCCUACGUAUCCGAUCCGGACGAAAGUGCGACCACGUCAGCUACCACCAAGAAUGCGUCGCCUUGCGCCACACCCAUCAAUUCGGACUUUAUGGAGCGCUACGAUCGAUACGUGAAGCGUAACCUGCGCUGCAAGUCCGCCAGUCCUAUUCGGAACCUCGCGAACAUUACCGUACCGCAGCCGUACAAAAUGACGCAGCGCGAGGAAGAACAACGGACGGCGCAGGAACUGCUGCUUAGCAGCAAGAACGCAUUUCCGUCCGGCGAAACGUUACCGGAGUCGACCACGAAAACUCAGUUCCGGGCACACCCGGUGCCGAUCACCUCUCGCAUACCACUCUUCGACACCAUAAUGGCUGACCAGGAUUAUCGGAAUAGGCUUGCGAAACUCAAUUCGGAAAUCGAACUCCAAUCGCAGAUGAAACCGUUUCAGUUUUCGGAGCGCUUGAAUCGGGAACACAGUCGCUGCCUGAGCCGAAGUCUCUCUUCGCCCGCCCUGCUCGGUACGGGACUGACGGGUGGUCUAGAGGGGCUACAGUCGCGUGCGGUGCGCCCGUUUAAAGCUAAACCAUGCCCUAAGAAGCUGUUCAGUAACUACUUCUACACAAAGGCCUGGGAGGACGAGUAUUUUCGGCACCUCAACAAGCGGCUCCGCGCGGAGGAGAUGCUCCGUCAGGCUCAGCUUCCACCCUCGAUGGCCCGACGGGAACGGACUGAACGUAAGAAUUGCCUCUCUCGUCACUCUGGUACCACCAACGAAGAUGUGGCCAAAGAACGGCCUGAAUCCGGUGGAGGGAAGAAGUCGAAACGCAAGCGAAAGCUUCGCAAGUCUGGCAAGCGACGGAAAAGCAUAGAGGAAAAGUGUGCAGAAUAUUUUGCUUCCGUUUCCGACCCGAACGGGAUACCGUAUCCUAUCAGUAACUCGAGCUGCAGUACGGAAAACAACCGUGGGUCCGGUGACACACCAUCCCCGAUAUACCCAGUGAAUCGGCCGAAUCUGGCCGCAACUUUACGUACAGAGUGGUGUCGGAAGAAGCUACGUGAACUGGAAUUGGAUGAAGUGACGGCCGAUAAGAAGUUGGCUCCACGGUUCCGGUGGGGAGUUAAAAAGUCGCAAGCAUUUCAGAACCUGAAUCUGGAUCACACGCACCAAGAAGAGCUGAACUUGCGACUCGCCACAAGGCGAGCCGAGCAACGUUUGCGCCAGGAGGAACACGCUAUCAACAUGGAGCUUAUGCGGCAGCGCGUCAAGGCGGCUCCAUUGUUGCUCGAAGGACCGCCACAAUGGGGACCUCGGUUAGGCCACGUGGCACACCGAUGCUCCAGUUUGAAUCGCGACCCAGACAAUGGUCUUCUCCGAAAGCCCGAUAAAUUAUCGAAACUACUGCAGCUGAAACCAUCCACCUCGACCGGCGGUGGCGGUACUGGCAAGAAGUGCGACUCACCGUCGACCAGCUGUACAGCCACCAGCUCCAGUGGCCACAGCCGAACAGGUGGACCCACUCGGAAACAACGGACGGCUGAAAAACGACGUAACAACGCCAAUGGUAGCAAAUUGAGCAGCUAUUCGUUCGAUUCGACUGCCAAGCACAGUUUCAAAGCGUGCGAUAGCGAAGUGCUGAGUCUGUCCGACGUCUAG